AUGGUGGCUCUUCUCAACCUCCUUGCCAAUGAGAAUAGCCCCUGGCAGCUUCUGUGUCUCAUUUCAGGGAGCAUCCCCAACAUCCACUCCAAGAGCGCUGAGUUGCUGCUGGUCCAGGACAUUGCCAAGGUUCCCAAGCCCAUGGCCUACAAGAAGCCCUCCCUCAUCAAGAGGUGGAACCUGAAGUGGGUCCACAUUGCUCCUCAAGUAUUCAACCAUGCCCUUUUUUCGUUGUCCAUGGAUCACAACACAAGUGCCACAAGAACAGGAGCAGGAGCAGGAGGGACAGAAGCCCUCACCACAACUCUGACAACAACCAAUUACCUGCCCUUGGGUCACUUUCCCCUUUCCAAUCUGGUUCUGAUGUGGAUAGGAGUGAAUACUAAACUCUGUCUUUCCCAUCUUUCCAACUUUUAA